AUGGCGCCCAAAAAGACAUCCGCAACGCAACAACCCUCCACCCCCAAAUCCACCACCACCACCACCACCAGCUCUACCACCACCUCCAAACCCACAUCGAGUUCCACAGCCUCCAUCCGCAACCCUCAAGACGCCCAACAAAUCGCCCUAGGCGUCUACAACAACUACAUCGACGCCACCCCACAACGGACAAAACUGCUCGAUGCCUUCAUGGUGUUCCUCAUGACGGUGGGGUUGCUGCAGUUCGUAUACUGCGUGAUAGCUGGGAACUACCCUUUCAACGCCUUCCUCUCCGGCUUCUCGGCGACGGUGGGCCAGUUCGUGCUGACGGCGAGUUUGCGGAUGCAGACGAAUCGGGAGAAUGAGAAGGAGUUUGAGGGGCUAUCGCAUGAGAGGGCAUUUGCGGACUACGUGUUUGGGAGCAUGAUAUUGCACUUCUUCUGCGUGAACUUCAUCAACUAG